AUGGAGGUCCAGGUCUCUGACACCUUUGGACUGGAGGAGGAUGUGCUUGUAUCCAUCCGCUACGGAACCGUCAGGCGUCAGGCGCCCCUGGAGUCUGUGAAGUCUCACCCCUUCAAAUUCCCAGCGCAGCUGGAAGACCUCAGUGAACCUUUAAAGAUCGACCUCCUGAAGCCGGUGGCAUCGACCAGACUGGUCUUGCACCCCAAGGAGGAGCACUACAGCAUUGGUUUCGAACAAGACGACAGCAUCGCCAUGGGUUUGCACGUGAUGGCGGGAGCUCCUGAAGCCUCUGAAACGAAUGCGGGAGCAAAGGACGCAGGAGCCAAGGACUCUGCAUCCUCUGCCAAGGACUACCUGGAACAGAAGGGCCUGCUGAAGUAUGUCCAGUGCCUCUUGCACGCCGUCAUCCAGGACAAGCCUGCAGAUCCGUUCUCCUACAUGAUUGAGCAGCUAACGGCCGCACAGAGCAAGUCCAUGGCCUGCGAGCGCGUGAUGUCGCGCCCCACCAGCGCCAUGUCCCGCCCCACCAGCGCCGUCCAGCGGCCUCCGGGGAACCGCCCGCAGAGUGCCAGGCCGACUCCGCCCAAGCAAAAAAUGGUUGCCCAAGCGCCACUGCCGAGCAAGGAUCCUCCGUCCUUGCCAGCAGAGCCCAUCUCACCCAAGGAGGAGCGACCCGUGCGAGAGAUCGAGCCGCGCCGAAAGGACCCAAAAGUGGAGGAAGCACUGCGGAAAUGUGACCAAGGUGCAGAUGCCAAGCAGGAAUUGAUGCAGAAGUUGCUGUCCGCCGCCGAAUCCGGCAACCUGGGCGCAGUCCUGUCCUCCGUUGGCUUGGACCAGAGCCGUCAGCGCAUCCAAGGCCUGCUGGAGCAGUCUGCGAAGUCAGGAGACCUGGAGGCAGCUCUCAAGAUGGCCAUGAACCAGAAGGAAUUGGAAGACAUCCUGCGGCUGAAGACGGAAAUGCGGCAAGUCCUCCAGGGCGCCAGCGAUUCGGGGGCGAUGAAAACGGUGCUGGAAGAGAUUUCUGGAGAGCAGAAAACCCAAAAGGUGCAAGGCGAGUUGCGGGAUGCAUUGUUUGAAGCCAACGAGUCAGGGAAGAUGAAGCAGAUCCUGGAUGAGAUGGCGGCCCAGCGCGGCAUUUCCCAAGCCGGAACGACGUCCAACGAGGCGGAGGAGCUGAAGGUCCAGUUGAGGGAUGCCCUGCUGGACGCCAACGAGUCGGGCAAGAUGGCGGAGGUCCUAGAUGCGAUGGCCACGGAAUCCCAGGUGCAAGCCGAGCUCACGGAUGUGAUGAAGGUGAAGAUGAAGCUGAAGGACGUCCUGGCCGAGGCCAAUGAUAUCGGCAAGGUUAAGGAGGUGCUCUCGCAGAUGGUCAAGGAGAUGCCUCCAGCCGCACCCUCUGCGGAAGACGAGCAGGUCCUGUCAGAGCUCCGCGGCCUGCUGAUGGACGCCAACGACUCGGGCAAGCUGCCGGAGGUCUUGAAAGAGAUGUCAUCCAAAAAGACGGCAGCGUCAGGAGCUGCAGGGGCCAAGGAGGCCGCCGUACCUGUGAAGGUUGCCGAGAAGUCUGACAAAGGCGCGAAGGUCAACAAGGCCAUCCUGGAUGCCGCCAAGAGCGGGAAGUUGGAAAAGGUCCUGAACGACAUGCCGGCCGAGCCGUCCCUGGAACCUGUGGCCGCCGUGCCGGCCACGCCGGUGCAGUCGCAGGAGGUGGAAGCCUUGCGAGAGAACAUCAGGGCGAAGGUGGAGCAAUCCUUGGCCAAUGGCGUUCUGGAGCAAGGCCUCGUCACCUUGCAGCGCAAGAAGUCUCAAGAGCCCGGUGGCCCUGCAGCCCCAGCAACCACAGCACCAGCUGCACAGCCCGCGCAGCCUGCCCCAAAGUCGCCCACGGCAGAGCAAGAGGAUCUGAAGAAGUUGGGCCAAGAAAUUUGUGGCGUGCUACAGGAAGCGUCCAAGAGCGGAAAGCUGGAUGAAGCUUUGGAGCUCCUGAGACAAGAGAAAGAGGAGGUGGUGCAGGCGGCUCCUGAGGACGAGAUGGAAGCGGUGCGCAACAACCUGAGCUCCCUGAUGAAAGAUGCCCUGCUGACUGGUCAGCUGGCGACGGCCCUGGAGGAGUUGAAGACAAAGUCGGAGGAGCCCUUGCGUGUCACCGAUAUCCACGCCAUUAAGGCCAAGUUCAAGAAGCUGCUGCGGGAGGCCUUGGAGAAGGGCAUCUUGGCCUCCAAGGUCGGGAUGCUGAAGCUGAUCCCCAAGGCACCUCCACCCCCAACGGAAUCACCACCUGAUGAGAUGGACGUCUUGAAGCUGCACCUCCGUGAGGCGCUGCAGCACGCGGCGGAGGCGGGGCACCUGGCGGAGGCGCUGGCCUCGCUGCGCUCAGGCCCUGCAGAGGGCGUGCAAGAGACGAUGCAAGAAUUGCAGAACACCCUGACCGAGGCUGCACUUUCUGGCACCCUUGCUGAGACGUUGCGAUCUCUGCGAGAGUCCGGGAGCUUCAAGCUGAAGGAACAGAAGGAUUCCGCAGAAGAAGCAGCUGCGACGCCCCAAACCAUCGCCAGCCCAUCAGCGGAUCAGGCCCCCUAUGGCACGCAGAGCAAUGAGGAGAAGGAAUUGGAAGAUUUGCGGAACCGGCUCCGUAACAUUUUGUCGGGUGCCUAUGAUCAAGGAGUGCUGGAGGAGGUGGUGCAGCAAGCCAUGAAGACGCAAAGUGAAACCGCCAGUCUAGAAACACUUCCGGCGCUGAAGGCGCAAGUGGCUCAGAUGCGCAGCGAGAGCGAGGCCUUGCACUCCAAGGUGGAUCGCCUGCUGCGGGAGAAGGAGGAGUUGGAAAGGGACAAUGAGGGCCUACACGAGCGACUCAGGGCACCUGGUGCCAGGGUGACCCAUGUGGAUCCGUAG